UAUGUUAUAAUUAUUCGUAGAGAUAAAUACGUUCCUCUUUAAGAUCUUUUUAUCUCUUAAUUCAUUUAUCAUUACUAACUUUAUCUUUAAUAAAAUUUUAUUUAUUUAAUUUGGAAAAAGAUAUCGUUGCUUCGAUUGAUAGGUUAGAUAAUAAUUUGAUAAAGUAAAAAAAAUAUAAGAAUAAAAGUUAGAACAUCUACGCAACAACGUUGACAUAACCAUGACCAGUAUGUAACUUGAUCCUACGAGAAAAGUGCUCGCCAAUUUGAGAGACUGACGUGUGUCGGCUAGCAUAUUACGCCGUUUAAAAUUCAAAAUGGUGAAAGACAUCCGGAGAGAUGUCAGCAUUAAUUGGAUUCUGUUGAAACUCGUACGUUAUUGUCUGUAACGGUCAGAAAUGUAGAACAGUGACGGCGUACGAGUAGGGGGUGAAAACGUAAUUAACGAGGUUACCUAGCAAUUUUUAAUCCAUGGUGUUAGACAUUCAACAUUAGAAAGAAGAAUCGUUUUAGAGUGUUUUUAAAGGAAACAGCUCACUUUCGUGGUAUAACGACUAUUCUUUCUUUUAAAUAUAUUCUUCGUUCCACAUUUCCAUUACUUCUCUUUGCACAGUUCGCGAAUGAUCAACUUUAUCAAGUGGACUUUCGUGUCAUGUUUAAGACUAGUUCGAAAGUUCGCCGAGUGUCCAGAGAUGCUGGACCAGUUUUCUAGGAGAAACCUCUCGCACGACCCUUGGCUUGGACGAAAAGCGGUUCCCCUUCUCGCUCUAAGAGGCAAGUUACUCUCCUCUUUUGGAAUCCGGAACUCUGCGGUCCAGAGAUUCCAGUAGAGGAAGAUGUCCCGUGGGAAUCGUCUUGGAUGCUACUGUGAUGUACUACUUCUUUCUGACAUUUCUUUUUGUUUUUUCAUCACAGAAAGAACUUGGAAAAUCCUUUUUCAUAGAAAUUUCACGAACUGAUUGUAUUCACUAGUAAAAGCAUUUAGGAUUUCGAGGCGAAAGCUUGCAUAGUUUCUAUGAAUCGUUGUUUCAAUCAGCAGCAACAAUAAUAAUGGGUUAGAAUUUGCUCUUUCCCUCUCUUCCUUUCUCUCUCACUCUAGCUCUUUCAAAUCGCAAGCAGCAAUCGAGGGUGUUUUCAUGGUACGUUUUCGAAUCGUACCGGUAACGCGUCACAAUCGCGAACUCGUAGCGUUGACGCUCAAAUUUCUCUCCCGUGUGUUCGUGUUCCACGCUAAUAUUCCGACGGUGGCUCAUUGGGCAGCGCACGCUGCACUUUGCCCGCAAACAAACCCCGAAACAACAAUUGAUUCCGGCAAACACGUCGCGCCGAGUGGACCAGCAGCGUGUAAAACAUCGAACAACUGGCUUUUCUUGCUUCCUGUUGAACAUGGAGGGGUCCGUACUGCCGAAGAAAUUUACGGGAUUGUAUCCGUGCAAGAGUCUUUUUGCGAUACUUCCUUCCUGCCACCCAAUCUAUCUACUUACUACACACUCUUCGAUAGCGGCAAGGGUGUAAUUUCAUUUGAUCCUUUCAUUUAUCGUUAAUAUCGAUAAUUUUUUUUCUACACUUAUUGCUUAUUUUGACUUUUUUUUUUAAAUAGAUAUAGAUAUUAUCAUCUUUAUAUAAGUAAUCUUUGUACUUAUAUUUACAUCUCCUUUUCCCUUGGUUCAUUCAUUCGAAGUUGAAAAUGUUUUUACGAUAAUAAACGUACCUAGUCGUGGAUAAGUAAAGUGCGAGCUUUUGUUGGGUAAUUCGAGUACAAUUUGCCUUUUACGAAGCCAUAACUGUAAAAGCGUCACGCUCGUUGGGUGAAUUGCGAUCGUCCAAUUGGUCGUUUAUUCUAACCUUCGUAUUCGUCGUUUGAUUUGAGCUAGGCGCUCGGAAGUUCCAUUUCAAUAAAUAACUCCGACUCGCUUGAACUUUAUUUUACAAUUGAAACAAUUUCUUCGGUCUUAUAACGAUGCCUUGUUUAUGAAUGCCACGGUUAUGAUAAUUUAAUGCGAAAUACGCGUAUGCGAUGAUUCAGCAUGAGGAAUACGAUAACGAAAACAAUUUGCCUCUGCAUGCAAUAAUUAAUACGUUGUCCGAGCUUCUGGUUGUCAUAGUUAUUCCCUAAAUCGAAUCACGUACGUAUUUUGAUGUGUACUCGUACAACAAAAUUCAACGCAACGAGUUUCACGGACUUUGAUCAAAUUUUGGACAACUUCGAAAGAAAAGAACGUAAUCGAUUAGCAUAUAGAUAUAGUAAUCAAUAACUUUACUACACGUUUAUCAUAUAUUAAAAAUAAUAGUGAAAUAAAUGUAGUACGAAGUAUAAAAUCUCGUUAAUUUUUCGAGAAAUCGAUUUCAACAUCUUUUAAUUCCUUCAUUUCCAACUAGAAUCACGCGUAACGUCUCUCAGAUAUGAAGAUCUCGUUUUGCAGGUUACAGUCCAGCCAAUCUUAAUCGCGCGACGGAAAUACGCUGUGAGAUGUAUAAUGCUCGGUAGGAAAUGACGUCAUCACUCAGUGCAGUGUUAGAGGAAGAUAGAGAGAGAGAGAGAGAGAGAGAGAGAGUGAGUGAGAGAGUAAAGAGACAGAGAGGGUCGAAGUGGGAACACGAUAGGGUAGUGAAGAGGAGCGAGAGGGUUGAAGAGGGUGAGAGAACAGGCUGGUGGGAAGAGGAAGAAGGGAGGAACGGAGAGGGACACAGAUUUUACAUGAAUGAACCUGUUUCUCUAUUUGUAAGUCUGAAGAGAAGAUUCAACGUCGUCGUACAAUGUCUUCCAUGCAAGUCGUCGUUCGUAGUCGUCGUCGUUGUCGUCGUCCAUGGUGCUCGGCCUCCGACGUCGACGAUAAGGGUUGCUUCUCCGUGGAAACCCUGGGGGUGAGAAUACGAAGCAGACCACGCCUCUUGUCUAAGGUUACUCCCACCAUUGCUAGAUCUCUGCUCUUCUCCGCCAACGCUCCAGGAACCUAAGAUUUUUCCACCCCUGCAUCUCUCAACCCUCUCUUCCUCUCUUCUUCUCUCUCUCUCUCUCUCACUCCUUCUCUCUCAUCCCUCUCUUUCUCUCUUGCUCACUCUUCGCGUCUCACCCUUCUCGCCAACGGCGACGACCACCGCUCCGUUGCCGACUUCCCUCCCACUCGGCACCUCAGUCCGGGCGUCUACCACCCCCCUUCUUCUAUUGAUCCGGCUCUAAGGGGUUGUUUCUUGUGCUCCCGGAGCUUCUGCAUCGCCGUAAUCCCCUCUUCUUCCUCCUCCACGUACCUCCGGCGCUCGCGUCGAUUUUCAACCGAGACACCUUCGCUUCGUUUCUUUUUUUUUCUAUUUUCUUUUUUCUCUUUGCUUUUUUCUCUUUCUUUCCUUUUUUUUCGUUUUCUUUUUUUCUCUCGGCCUUGGCUUUCCUUGUUUUUUCUCCUUCUUUUUGUUUCAUUCCUUCGAGAGAGAAAGUCCAUUCCGAUAAAAUCGAUCGUAUCCUUUCGUUUUAUUGUCGACGUUCGUCGUAUUUUUUCUGCGUCGUGUAAAGUGUAUCGAAUGAAUGUCGAUAAUUAUCGAGAUAAUAUGAAAUGAUUUUACAUACGAUAUUUAUUACAUUCGUAUUUCAAUAAUUAUAACAAAUCGAUAAAUAAACAUAAUCUCAACCGAGAUCACUGAUGUUAUGCGAUGAUUACGAAACUAAUUAAUCUUUCUUCGAAUAGAAUUUCAUUAAUGCAUAAGAAGUUUUUGUAAUAUUUUGAUUAUAUUUAACAAGUUCAUCGAAGUUGUAGGGCUACUUUUUGGAGAAGGAUUCAGAGCGUAGGUAGUUGCACGAGUCAAAAGUGAGAUCGUGGCAAAGUUUUCGCGUUUUGGCUUAUCCGUGGAGCGUUACCAGCAAGCGCUUACCUAUGUGCCAUGUAAUAUACAGUUGAGGUUCUACGUGUAGCGAAGUAAAGGGGUGGAGGGAACUACGGAAGGGUGGUGGGUGAAUGGGAGGAAGGGUGGCUUUAGCCGGGGGCUGUUAAACACGGUGGGUCUUAUCGGUAAAACUGUUCGGUACAGGCUACCACGUUCAGCCAUUGGCCGCGCGAGUAUCUCUGACCUUAUACUCCUUGUCCGGUGGAUAUGCAUGCUGGUACAUUACGCCACAUUAAUGUCGCCGCUCUAAAAUGGCUUAUAGAAAGAGAAGGUUAUAGGUUAGGAACGGCGCUAAGCGAAAGAUUGUACCUCGCGGUUGACGAGGCUCGAUCGAGAAUAUUCGUGCGUUUAUAAACGCACGAAUAUUUGAUCUAAACGACCGAACAAAUACAAUCAACUUUUCAAUUAAAUUUCAAUAUUUUAUACUCAUCCGUUAUCUAAGAAAUUUCAAAAAGAGUCAAUCAGUUUUCCUAUUUAGAAACAAAAUUUUUUAUUGAAUACGUCAAAAUGAAUUAAUUUAUGUAUAUCCGAUAUAUCAAUUGAGGUAAAAAGUAUUUUUAAUUUAAAGAUUACGAUUAAGGAAAGUUGGCGUCUUACGCAAUUUAUAUCGUUUCUUAAAGAUUUUAUAUUCAGAAUCUCGUAAUUCUUAAUCAUUUAUUAAUACUUGUAAAUAUAUUUUCUUCUAUUUUAUCGAGAUAUACAUAAUACAGUAGAUGCAGAGGGUAUCGAUAGAUACAUAGGUAGGAUCACUUAUAAGCCUGAAGUACAUAUGUGCAGGUGGCAGCCUUUCUGGGCAUUAGACGGUCGGGCUAAGGUCUUAGAGGUCUCCUGGCAACCAAGCCUAUCAAACUAUCUUACGGUCUAACCCUUACCAACCCCUUAUACCCUAAAAACCUUCCUCAACCCCCUGGAAUCUCACUUCGAGCCCUUAACGACCGACCCCACGGGAGACACUGCGAAAUUGAGAAAAUUAUCCUGCCUCGCGUUAUACAUAGACGAUGACUGCACGAUUCUCACACUGUCGUAAGAGAGUAAGUAAACGUAUGUACGUGCAUAUACAUAGAAAGGCUUCUACGUAUGAGUGUUCGCGAUGCAAGUUGGAACGUUGAACGGGAGGGUGAAACUAAAUGGCCGACGGGUCGGCUGCCAUCUUAGUUGCGAAUUAAGGAAAGGGUGCCGGACCCUCGUUGGAAACUAACUCUUGCACGAAAAGGGGAUGGCCGCGUUGUGCUGCAUCGUACUUCCCCUUGCGGCUUAGCCUGCAUUGACGCCAUUAUGUGCGUUACGCUACCUUCCUGUUUAGAGCCCUUUUUGGAAGGCGAACAUUGCAACUGAAAAGCGAUGCAAAUUCAAACGCGUUGGUUUGGAAUAUGAGAGAAAGUACAAGGAUAUUGUUAGAUCGUAAUUUAUCAUUACUUUAAAUAAAAUCAAUUCUUUUUUUAUCUUUUCUCACUUUGUAACGCGUUAUAAAUUUUGCGAAUAUUAAGACGAGAUCUUUAACAAAUUCGUGGUUUGAAACGUUUCGAGAGCACGCGUUGCCGCAUAUUAUUUUUAGCGCGGAACCAUGUUUCCGCAGCAAAUUGUAAUAUAAUUUGGACUUGAGUUAAAUGGCACGUGGAAAUGAUUCCACUCCAUUACUCUAGAAUACCACGAACUUGGUACAAACUAGAUUUCUCACUCCGUAUGGUAAACGGCUGGACUUGUAUUAAGAUGUAAGUUCACCAUUCGGGAACGAGCGAAGCUAAAUUGAUAUUUAACCUGUCCUUCAACCGAACCUAAGAGAGGUAAGAGCAAGGGAAGAAAUCGUAAAAUAAAGUCGGUUUUUAUUUAACAAAAUAUAUGAUCGAAAUGUCGGAGAAACAAAUAAAGGUAUAAGAUCUUAAACUUGCUGAAGUUACGAGCUUUUCGAAAUGAUCGUGGUUGUUUUCUCGAAUACAAUGAACGUGAUUAUUAACUUAUCGUGUCUCUCUUGCGUUAACUCCUAUCUGCAUGUAAGUUUCAUCUAGGUGAAUGACAGAGACAGAGACAUAGAGAAAGGACACAAGUGUGCGGAUCGUAGAGGAACACCAACGACCAAAGGGGUCGGCCUGUCGUCAUUCUAGCACGGUUACAGCGGCCGCGAAGGCUGACAGAAGUUGUAAACUUUAUGGUAAACCGUGGCGGCGACUGCCGGCCACGGCCGGUAAAUGGCGAAGGUGCCGGUGCAGCCGUGUGCUUAAUCCAAUCCGGAGUUUGUUCUUUCGGCGAUCGACGUAAUCACUGGCCACACGUAGUUUCUAACCUGCUAGUACGACCGACCUAACGCUUCGUUCUAAGGUACGAGAAGCCACCACCGUUGCCGAGUAUGUACCUCGUUUACAAGUGUUUACCGAUUGAGCCCUUUUCAGGAUUAUCGAUGUUCCCUAAUUGACUCUACGGUUUGGCAAAGUAUGAAAAAACUAUUCUUUUUUAUUUUUACUCGUUUACAAAUCUUGGUGUUUAGCUGUUUCGUGAAAAAGUUAAUUCCUUUUUUGAUGACACUUUUCCAUAAACGAUUUUGUUUCCGUGAUCUUUCGUAUAUCUAGAGUUUCAUUAAAAAAGUUUUAUCUUUAUAACGAUAUUCAUAUAAUUAAUACGAUAUUUUGCAUGAGUUCGAAUUUAUAGGUUGACGGAACAUACUAUAUGAAUUUCAACGUACUAUAAUUUCAAGCGAAUCCAUUGCAGAAAUAUCGCAGUAUUAGAUUUCCGUACUUUUAGUCAAACGAAAUUGCGAUCUAUCGCUCUUCGAAUGCACACAUAGACAAGUAAAUGGAUGUAACGAGGGGAUGCACCAGCUCGUCACUAUAUUUUCGAUCAAUAAUAUACCGCAGCAAUAUUUAUAAACGCUCGUAUUGCAAACCUUUCUAAAUAUUCAAUUACCUAUCAUUUCGAUGAAAUUAAUGAGAAAGCAAAGAAACAAUCUGAUUUUCUCUAUUUAAUUUGUGCAGAUUAUCGGAGUGUAAUUAAAAAGUCCGAUAAUCCUGGAUUCAACAGGUUACAUGGAUAAUUAGUGUGUUGAUCGGUUAAUCCUAAAAGCUAUAAAGAACGAUUGUUGCCAAUGAAAUUAAGAUCUUCCUUUUUUUUCGAGAAAGAAUACACAUGAAUUAGUAGAAACAAUUUCUUGAAAAAAGUAUUGUCUUAUUGUCUACUUCAGUUUCUCCCUUUUGUGUGCACGCAUCCAUAGGGAAUUCAUUUAGGUAUAGUGAGAAGCUACCUCUAUUCGGGGGUGUUUCGGCUGGGACGCGAUUAAUUAUGGGGUUCCUUUUAGGGCUGCCGAGCUGGAGGCUUUGAGCCCAGUCGGGGGUGGCACGUAGGGUGGGAAGUAUAAGAUACGUUCACGGCCAACGUAGACACCCGGCUUAGCUUCCUCGAGUAUUAGAUCAAUAAUUCUAACCUCGGAUUGCUCAGACACGAAUGUCGAAAGGGAUCCUCGAUGUAACGCAAUAUUAGUUCUCGUCCGACGAUACUCGUACGAGACGAGAUCGGUUUACCACGAAAGUAUGGUAUUUCGAAGUAAGAUCGAAUGAUUUGUUUUCAUAUCAAAACGUAAAAUGAAAAGUAAUUUUACCGAAAUUCGACGAAGACGUCCAUCGAUAAGGUUGUACGUAAUUAAUGUAUGUAAUUAAUAAACUACUUAAAGGAGAACGUUGAUUCAAAUGGGUGAAUAUUUAUCACUCGCGUUUGAAAUGAAAUAAAAGAUUACUCACUGUAGUUUCGUGCAGGACAUCAACUUCUUCGAUUUGGUCGUCCAACGAAGUUGCGUUUGACGUUAAACAACAAUUAAAAAAUUUGUCAAUGCGUGAAAAAUGUCUUUACGAGCAGAAGGGAUGCUGCGUGGACUGCAGCAUCCCUCAAACUGACCAACAAACCGAGAUUUCCGUCUCUUGAAAUACACCGAACCAGUUUCCGGUUCCGAUAGUUUCCCUCGCCAAUAAAAUGGAUUUUUCAUUUUAGACUUCAAAAUGAUCCCCACUACUUUGUCGUUUCUUUCUUUUCCGAAGAAUGCUGCUUGACUAUUGGUCCAUGGAUUGGUCCAGGGAUCGUGAGAACUCGACUGGUAACGGAACUUCAUUCUUAGGUCCAGCAAGACAGGUUUCUUCAAUUGGAAAUCGAGAACGUAGGAAAGAGUUACCCUUCGGAAUCUUUUCAAUUGUGUCGUUUUUCACAUAAAUAUUUAAGAAACAAUUAUUCUCAAGUGCUCAUCUGGAAAUCUUUACUGACGGAUGUAGGGCUCGUUUCUGUGAUGAUACUAUAUCGAGAAAAAGAGUAUUUAAGAACUCGUUUAAAUUUGCAUAUAAGUAGUACGAAUAAUCUAUUUUAAGUUUAUAAUAGAAAACUGACGGUUAACAGAUAUUUUAAUAUUAUUUGAUUACUUUUAUUAAAAAUAUAAAAUUUUAUUUAUUUAAAAAACUAAAAAUUUUUUAAAUAUAAAAUUUUAUUAUUACCUGCAUUGUAAAUAGGGAGCUUAUUGUCAAAUAAUUUGGAUAGACAUUUGAAGAAUUUCCGACACAAGAAAUGUUUAUGUUUAAUUAUUAAUUUAAAUUUUGAAAAUGUAAUAAUGAGAUAUGAGUUAAAUACUCAUCAUAUUUUUUGACGUAGGAAAUACGGAAUUAUGUAAAUGUCAUUCAUGGAUUUGCGUCGUAGAUGUAUCGGUGGUCCUGAAUGACCAGUUUCAUCCCCUCGCUCCUACUUCUCAUCGGAUGCGCGUCAUCCAUACGCAUCUCGUGAGAUGACCAAUGGUCAGUACCGUGAGAAAACUCUGGACCAAGGUUGCUCUCGAUAAAACAGGUUUUUCAAGAAAUUCACUGUAUCUACAAAAAUCAUAAUGCGAGCUGUACGAGCUACUUAAGCCAAAGAUUUAGGGUGCAUAAAAUAGUGUGAGAAAGCGUUUUCAUACCAUGCUAAAUUUUUAUUCAAGAUAUCUUGUAAAGUAUCUUAUAACUUUUAUGUAUAUAUAUGUACGUGUAUAUAUGUAUAUAUAUAUAUAUAUAUAUAUAUAUAUAUAUAUAUAUAUAUUCACACACACAUAUAAUAUCAAAUAUUAAAAUAUUUUAUUAUAAAUAAAACGCGUAGAAACUAUCUUUACGCGAUAUGACGAAAACAUUGAUCAUUAUUUCGUAAUUUUUAACAAAAAAAGAAGGUUUGUCAUAAUACCUUCAAACAUGAAGCUAUCACCUCCUUCUUUGUGCGUGUCAUAAUCCUUGUCGGAUUACGUGGAUGUAUCGUUCAUAAAAUCACAUAAUACCGUGAUGGUGCUUAAACGUGUAAGGGUUGAAACGUGGAUUUAGGGUAGAUGCCAGAGCGGCAAUGUCCGUAUCAUUAAUCGAGCUUCGAAUAACUUGGCACAAAAUGUACUUUGCCCUCAAUGGAAUUUUACGUAAGCCGAGCGAUCCUAUAAAGACAUUGAACGCGUUGCCGUUGAACGUUUCGCUUCUCUGAAUGAAUUUAUGUAAUCACUUCGCUUUCGUUGCCUCUGCUUAGAAACUCGUUCGGCCUUUAUAUUUACUUUUGACAUAUUCAUUCAAUAAACGAUCCUUUGAAGUAUAUUCGUGGAAUGAUGGAUCAUAGGCCGAUUCAUGAUGAAAUAAAAAUCAAAGCAUGUUAUUUUCUUCGUUCAGGAAAUUUAUAGAACUUUCAAUCAGAUGAAUUUUUUUUCAAAGAUUACAAUGAAUAAAAAAGGAAUUAUAUCUUGAAAGUUCUUUUCCUACGUUGAAUUUAUACAUUGGAAGAUGCAUAAUGAAGUUAUUGUAUCGUUUUUGUACAAUCUUUAGAAUAUUGGAACUUCAAUAUUUCCCAUUCGCUUAUCCACAAGUUUCGCGUUAAACGUUUCGAUUCAUGGUUGGUAAGAGGAGCUUAGCCGCGACAUCCGCGGCUCCGCAAUUUCAGCUAGUAUCCUACGUGAAUUUUGAUUCUAGAUUGUAGUGGUGAGCACGGUAGCAGCCAUAUUCGUGUGGGUUGGACGACGGGAAUCGAGUCCAUUAAUUUUCCGUGGGCUUCGCGCGAGGAGGAAGGGGGUGUGGGCUCGGUCGAAGAGAAGUACCACAUUUCUGUUCGUACGGGGUGGGUUGAGGGAGGUAGAAGGCUAGAUGGUUGGGGUAGAAGCUGACUUGAAGACGUCGAUAUUCACGACGCCGACGCCGACGCCGAAGUCUCGUCUCUUGUUCGACGUUCUCUCGCUUUUGUCUUCUAUUUCGUUCUAUGUACGUGUCUAUGUAUAGUUUCCGAGAGAGGAAAUUGCGAAGAAACGAAAGCUGGAUAAUAUUGACAAAGAUGUUUGAUGCAACAUACAAUAUCUUCCUGGUAUUGUAACUAUUAUUUCCUUAGAUAUUUGUAACAUAUUUAGCUUGUUCAUAGGAAUAAAUAUGAUGAAAAAAAUACACAGAAACUCGUGCAAUUGUCAGGUCAUAUUGACGGAACUUCGAACUAUUUGUUACGAUUUAAAAUUAUUCUAUACCAUCUCCUGGGUCUAGUCCGCACAUCGAUUAACGGACUAAUCCAACGGUUCUAACUCGACGAACUUGAGGAUCGUAAUCGAAAACGGAAACUGAAUCGGAAUGUCAAUCGUACAUAUAGAUCGAACCUGGUAGUUAACGAUCGUUUGAUUGGAGAAUGAAAAACGAUGAUGAGAUUGGAGUUUCGAAGGUGCAUAAACACAGCUGGUUCAUACAUUUCCGAGGAGAACAAAAACAAUAUAAACUUUUAGAAGGGACGGACAAACUCGGUGCAGUAGCAUCCCAGCGAAGAUACACAAAACGUCUCCGAGGGUGCAGUUGGUGUUCGACUCUAUGGAGAGAUAGAGGUAAAGAGAGAAACAGAGACAGAGUAGUACGUUGUGGUGGUGGUAGUAGUAGGAGAGGUAGGAGCGAUGCCUGGCACAAGUUUACAAUUUAAUACCGGUGCGAGAAUACACGAAGGAGGAGCACGGCGUUGUUGGUGGCAGUUGGUCGUAGCGAGAGGUGGCAGUGUUGAGGUGGGUGGAAGGAAAGAGAGAGGUGCUUCGGGAGCUGAUGGGGAUGGUUGGGUGGAGGCCGUAGUGUUUGGAGGUUAGACCGCAGUUACAAUAUCGCUUGAUUAGAAAUGUACAUAGCGUAUAUGCGCGCAGGCCGCAUAUCCAGAUGGUGGGUGGUUGGGUUGGGUCGAUGCCUGGGCAACUCCAUAGUUUAAUGCACGGACCGUGGAACUUGCAAUAAGGAAGGGUGAACGGAGAGAGAGAGAGAGAAAGCAAGAGAGAGAGAGAGAGAGAGAGAGAGAGAGAGAGGGUGCAGGGAACGGAAGGUUACCGGGGUCGAAGUGACGCUAGGGGUUUUGUGUAGGUGUCCGUACGUAUCGACACAUACGCUGGCAACAAACUCGCGACCAGCUCUGCGUCAUAACGCGAUCGCACUACUUGCACCAGCUUUCUCGUUUGUUGCUUCUCCAGAGAGAAUGCAGUGUCUCCUCAUAUCCUCUACUAGCACUCUUUCUCUUUCUCUCUUUCUCUUUUACUUUUGUUUCCUCUGAUAGUCUAGUGAUGCCGUUCUUACUCGUCUUUGAUAUAUCUAUAUCUUUGUUUUCUAACAAUACUAGGAUAGUCUUAUCUUCUUUGGCGAAAAGAUCACUUUAUUCGUAGCACUGCAGAUAAUGAUGCAGAAGACAAUGAACGAUGAAAAUCGAAUAAAGGUAAUGGUACAUAAGUUUUCCUUACGGCGUGGUUUAUCUUACAUUAGUAGAUUUUUCAAUAGCAGAAAAGUUUAAUUGCAUAUUAGUUUCUACUAAGUUUAUACAUUUUGUAGAAAAUUCUUAUUAUCGAAUAUAGCUAGUUGUAAUUAGUUGACAUUUUACUAUUUGGAAAUCAGUUUUGAGAUUCGUCGAUAUAAUGUUAAACAGAAUGUUCAAUAAACUGUUGGUUAAUUAUCAGAUCAAAUAUUAAUUAGAAACGUAAUUUGUGAAAGAUACGUGAGUGAAGUUUAAAGGAAUGAAUUUGAUUUUAAAUGAAUUAUAAUUUCUUUCAAUACAUUUCUCAUCGGCGAUCUUCGCUAUAUUUAAUAGGAUCAGAAAACAAAGAGAUAUUCGGGAGAGGAACGCUAUAAAUAUUAUCAGAAAUAUUUAUUUCGUUUUUCUCAUGAAUGGCUAUCAUCGUCAAAUUUAUUACAUCUCAAUCAGAGUAUUGACACAAAGUGAAUGCAUCAAACAAUUUUCGGUGGACGGAAUCGAGUCCAACGUUUUCCUCGUCAUGUUCUUCGAGAAUACUAUACGAUAUUGCAGUGGCGUUCGGCGUUUCCUCUCAAGCGCGAGCUCUCCAAACUUUGACCGAAUCGAGAGAAGGUGGGUCGGAUGGUAGUAGAAGAGGAAGUGAGAGGAGGGUGACCAGAGGGUUGGUUAGGAUGAGGUAGAGAAGGAAGCAGCGGUAAGGGAGAGAAAGAGAGCGUAAUUGAGAAAGCAGAACAGCGGUUACCUAAAGAGAGGUGGAGGAGGAUGAGGAGGAGGAGGAGAGGCAAUGGCUGAAUAUUCCUCGAGGACGAGCUGCGGAAGUAGCGACAGUCGUUUCUCGAAAGCCCAGUCUAGAGACCAAGGCAUAUCACUAAUAUGCUGCCAUCUUGAUACUAUAUACGUGUUUCUGCUUUCUAUACUGCUAUUUCGAAACUGAAUGCUACGUAUCCUUAUUCUCAUCAUAUUGUCGUGAGUUCUUUGAAGAUGUCAAAGAUGCUAAAAUCUUUAACGUUAGAUAUUUCAGAGUUACCGACAUCGAGGAAAGGAGUUGGAAAGGGAUGGAAAAAUUAAACAGUUCCAUCCUUCGUUCUAUUUAAAAUAAUUUUCUUCGACUUAUCCACUUCGUGAGAAACGCAGAAGUGGGAUUUCAAGUAUUAAAAUAAUAAUAGCAUGGCAGAAUGCGGAUAAUAGCGGUCUCGAUGUAGGUGUCUUCGGGUAUGGCCGUAAGACAAACGACGUCGUUCCUAGAGAGAUAGCGAAAACACCGACAGAAGCGUUCCUAGCAGUUAAUUAGCUGAAUAAUGCAGCGUUAAUCUAGUCAAAAUUGCAUGCAUUUGGACCACGCACGUAGUUUCGUUCUGGGAAACUCACGAGCUCGGACGUUCGCACGCCAAAGUAUACGCGCUCGUUCGUUUGCGCGAGCGCACAUACAGAUAUACAUCAGAAUAUGUAUACAGGUAGCAAUACGAUUACACGGUGAACGGAGAUACACAAAAUUGUUAGAUUUACUUCGGCCGGCUCACCAACGAGUUCCUUCGUUUUGUUGAAUAUUGCAUGAAAAUCCUUGGUAAGUCUCUACAGUUUGCGAUUGUUUACUGGAUAUUUACGUUUAACCAAAGUUAUUCAUUUCUAAUUUAGCGUAUAUAAGUAGAUGAGUAUUGUUGCUGCAGUGGUAGAUUGUUAUCUUAAUAGAUAAAUGUAUACGUAUGUAUUUUAUAAUUUUCAACUUAAAUAUUUAUAUUUUUAUUUAUUUCUGUAAGAUAAGAAAGAUUGAAGUCUUUAGUUUUCUUCAUACGUGUAUUGGUACGUGGACACACAACCUCCUUCGCUGUAAACCUCUUUCCCCAUCCACCAUAGCAUACAGCUCUUUUCCUCUACCAGUCCGCAAAUUCACGACAGAAGCAGUCUCUCGCUCUCUGUGCCUCCAUGUAAUCGAAAGUAAUUAUAUUAAUUGCAUUGCACAUCCCUAGAGCUGUUACGCGGAGUAUUGGCUCGUCGCCUCGUCGGUUAAUUCAUACACAUAUACACGUUUAGAAUGCUUUUGUGUAUCUGUGUGUCUGGGUCUAUGCGUGUAGAUUCGCGUUACCGCGGCUUAGAACCUAAGUGUCAGAGGGACCUAAGUGCGCAAUUAAACGUUAACGAUUUCGCGUCUGCUAGAGACAUCUGCGGUCUUCGACAAGGCGACUCGCGCUUCGCCUGAGUUUAAUCGCUAUUUCGCGAUGAAUUUUCUAGUAUCGUAUGAUUUCCACGAGUCUAAAUCUUUUAUUUGUUUUCAUUUAUUCUUCUUCAUUUUUCUUGAAUUCGUUUAAGAGUAACGUUUGAGUUCUAUCAUCAUCAGAUCAUCGUAUAAAAACGACAUUCUUAAAAUAAUGAUUACGAUAUUGAUUCAGGUUGUUGUGAUAAUAAAUGCGGAAGAAAUCAAUAAACGGGUAUAAGAUUAAUUAUAAAGUUCAAUCGAUAGUCGGAGAACUUCGUCAUAUGUGUUUGAGGAAUGAUAAGGGAUCAAAAUUAGUAAUAUCUUUCUCUCUCUCUCUCUCUCUCUCUCUCUCUCUCUCUCUCUAUCUUUCUCUUUACCUUUAGAUACGUUUGCAUUUCCCGGAAUUACAAUAUAAUUCGAGUAGCGUAAGAAGAUUCUAAUAGCUUGAAGAUAAAGUGUAUGGGUUGGGUCAAUACGUCCGAUAGAUACGAGUUCCGUCAAAGGUUUCAAUGCUAAUCCACCACACGGGCGACGCCCGUCAUUUCCUUAUAAUUACUCCAUUUCCUUUUGCAACUAUGGUUCGCGUCAAUGGGCUGCUAACAGUGGAGAGUAGGAACGAGAAAAGGGCAGAUAUUCGAACGUUACGUAGAUACGCACACACGAUCGUUGAAGCCAAUGGAUGACACGCGGUCGCUGCUCCCAAGAUAUCGAGGAAAUGAAUGGAAUUGGCUGCCGAGCAAAAUCGCACCGUGAUAAUUACCUAUUAACUGCACUGUGCCUGCCAUCGACUGCUACCACAAAGAAUCUCGUUCUAAGUGCAUCAUUUUCUGGUAAUCAGCCAAAAUUCUUGAAUCGAAAGCACAUAUACAGAUUAAAACUAUAAAGUGUUUCUAAUCUCAUUUUGUAUCUCUGCAAGCGUAUCUUUGAGAUCAUUAGAAGAAUUCUUUAAGUCGACUUCAGAGAGAUUAUAUACGAUUCUUGUCUUAAGGGUAAGGAUUCAGUACGAAAGCUCGGUCAAAGGCCUUGAGUAUCGAUAUCGUGUAACUGGGUCGCCGUGUACUCUCGAGCUUUUAAUCUUGAACGCGGACUGCCUCAAAGAGAUUCCGCAACAGCAAUGUUGCUGAGCAAAGCUUCGAGAGAACUCUGGACUGGCAACGGAAAUAGUAACGUAGUAAGGUUAACGCUUCGGUACUGGCUGUACUCUCUCUUUAUCUCUCUCUCUCUCUCUCUCUCUUUCAUUCUUGGAGAUAGAGAGACGUCUCUCUAAAGACUGGCAAAGCCGCGAUCCCUGGCGCGGACCGGCCGAAAUGCCUGGGGGUUGAUUGAUUAGAGGGUACGACGUAGGAGAGAGAGACUACUCGUAGAGAGACCGGCCAGAGUUGCAGGGUGUGGGUUUAGUUCGGCAGGGCCCUUGGGUUAUUUGGGGGCGGUGUGGAGACGGAGAGUCGGGCGUUCGAAGCGAACGUAGACGGUGAACGGUGCUAUAGUGGGGUUGUCCAGGAAGGAAGAGGAGGUGGCGAGCUGGAGACUAACCGGGGGAAGGAAGAGUGGAAGGAUGAGGAAGAAGAGAGGAGGA